ACUUAAUAAAAUAACCAGAAGAAGGAAUAGUAUCGUUGGUGGCUACUUGAAAAGUGGAUAGAUAUUACUUGGAAAAAUAGGAACUAUUAGAAAAUAGAGGAACACCAUGUGUGGCAUUUUCGCAAUAUUCUCAGCAGAUGGUCGGCCCAUUGAGCCGCGUGUGCAUCACGGAAGUCGUCAUAGCUUGCGGGAGCUGGCCUUUAGGCAGAGUGGGAAGCAGCGACAUCGUGGGCCGGACUCCACGGGUGUCGCACUAAUUGCCGAUCAGGGCGUGGCCAUGGUGCAUGAACGUCUGCGUGUGGUUGGCGUGGAAAUGGGCGAUCAGCCCUUUGUCUCCACCGAUGGCAACUUGGUGCUGGUGGCCAAUGGUGAGAUCUACAACUAUCUGGAACUAUCGGCAGGCAUUGCCAAGAGGCGUGGCCACUAUAAGCCCAAGUCCGACUGCAAUGUUAUUGUCGAACUAUACGAGGACUUUGGCGUGGAGCUGCUGCAGCACAUAACGGGCAUGUAUGCCUUCGCGUUGUAUGAUAAGCGGACUCAGGAGCUGUUGCUGGCACGCGAUCCCUUUGGCAUUAUACCUAUGUAUGUGGGUCAUGAUGCUGCUGGAAAUUUAUGGGUGGCGUCUGAGAUGAAGUGCCUGGUGGAGUGUUGUGUUAGUGUGGAGACAUUUACGCCGGGCGAGGCGCGUUUUGGCAAAGUGGGUGCACUGCGUCGUUGGCGGCACUUCGAGCAGCCCUGGAUGAAGCAAAUCCCAAGCGUGCCCUGUGAUUUGUCCCUUUUGCGCAGCAGUCUGGAAUCGGCAGUACGCACACAUCUGCAGUGCGAUGUACAUUUGGGUGCCCUGUUGUCUGGUGGUGUGGACUCCAGUCUUAUAGCUUCGAUAGCCACGAAGAUAAUGCGUGAACGGGAUCCCGCAUUUCGUCUAAAGACCUUCUCGGUAGGUUUGCGCAAUGCUCCCGACUUUGAGGCAGCUCGCCUAGUGGCCAAAUACAUCGAUAGCGAGCACAAGGAGGUGGUCUUUGGGAUCGAUGAGGCGCUCGACGGCAUUCGCGAUAUUGUGUAUCAUUUGGAGACUUACGAUGUCACCACAGUGCGUUGCAGCCUGCCCAUGUUGUUGUUGGCGCGCUACAUCAAGAGCACGGGCAUCAAGAUGAUACUCUCGGGCGAGGGAGCGGAUGAGAUCUUUGGCGGGUAUCUCUACUUCCACAAGGCACCAGAUGCCGUGCAGUUUCAUGAGGAGCUGGUGAAGCGUGUGGAGCAGCUGCAUUUAUCCGAUUGCCUGCGCUGCAACAAGGUGACCAUGGCCAAGGGUCUGGAGCUGCGCGUGCCCUUCCUGGACACCGCCUUUGUCAAUUAUGUGAUGUCCAUCAGGCCUCAGGACAAAAUGGCGGGUGAACAGAACUGCCUGGGAGGUGUGCAACAGCAUCGCAUCGAGAAGCACAUUUUGAGGGCUGCCUUUGCCGAUGGCUAUUUACCGGACUCGGUACUCUGGCGCCAGAAGGAGCAGUUCUCGGAUGGCGUCGGCUACGAUUGGAUUGACAACAUUAGGCGUGUGGCCACCUCACACGUGAGCGAUGAGGAAUUCGCUGGAGCAGCCGAACGCUUCCCCUUCAAUACACCUACAACGAAGGAGGCCUUCUAUUAUCGCUGCAUUUUCGAGGAACAAUUUCCGGGCGAGCCGGCUGCUCGCACUGUGAUGCGUUGGGUGCCACGUCUGGAUUGGGGCUGUCCGGAGGAUCCGUCGGGUCGUGCACAGGCCGUCCACCAGGUCAACAAAGACUGAUUAGCUUAGUUUCUAGAAUAAAAUUUCAUAUAUUUUUUGUAUAUAGCCAAACAAAAAAAAAUCGCAUUUCAUUAUCAUUGUCUGCAGUUCAUUUGAGUACAAAGCUAAACAUUUUGUUCAUAAAUCCAUACGAGUACAUAUGUACAAGUAUAUAUAUACAUAUUCUGGCCACAACAAAAAAUUGAUUAUGCAAGCUACAAUUUUCUUGUAAAGACAUAAAUAAAGUGUAUACGAUUGUGAAUUAAA